AUGGCGUCACAACAUUCGAGGAGAUCACGCGAAUCCCGCCCCGAGAUGUCCAUCGGUCGCUACACGCGACUUGAUGAGAUAGGGCGAGGUAGCUUUGCAACGGUCUACCAAGGUGUGCACACAAAAUCGAGAACCUUUGUAGCAAUCAAGUCCGUGAACCUGUCGAAGCUCAACAAGAAACUGAAAGACAACCUUUCAUCCGAGAUUGACAUUUUGAAAGGUCUUCACCAUCCGCAUAUCGUUGCGUUGAUUGACUGUCAUGAGUCCACAUCUCACAUUCAUCUGGUCAUGGAGUACUGUGCGCUCGGGGACCUGUCGCUUUUCAUCAAGCGUCGAGACACUCUUGGGUCCCAUCGAUAUACCAAGGAUAUGAUCUCUAAAUAUCCCAAUCACCCUGGCGGCUCGCUGAAUGAGGUGGUGACGCGGCAUUUCCUCAAGCAGCUGUCGAGUGCAUUGAAAUUCCUUCGGGACCGAAACCUCAUUCACCGGGACAUCAAGCCCCAAAACCUCUUAUUGUGUCCAUCGCCCUCCUCAUAUCGGACUGGAGCAGCCCAAGUGGUUCCAUUCAAAGGUAGUCAAGACUCUUUUGAACCCACCACGGGUCUUGAAUCUCUUCCAAUGCUCAAAAUUGCGGAUUUUGGCUUUGCUCGGUCUCUACCAGCAACUUCAUUAGCAGAGACUCUCUGCGGAUCCCCGCUGUAUAUGGCACCUGAAAUUCUCCGUUAUGAGAAGUAUGAUGCCAAGGCCGAUUUGUGGUCGGUAGGCACCGUCCUAUAUGAGAUGGUGGUGGGCAGACCUCCAUUUAGAGCCUCAAAUCAUGUCGAGUUACUGCGGAAAAUCGAAAAGGGAGAGGAUCGAAUCCGAUUCCCCGAAGAGAACCCAGCCUCGGAUGAUAUCAAGAGGCUGAUCCGCGGUCUUUUAAAGCGGAACCCAGUGGAGCGACUGAACUUCCCUGAUUUCUUUAGCAGCAAUGUAAUCAAUGACCCCAUUCCUGGGCUGGUGGCUGAUGAUGCUCCGGGGGCCUCCCAAUCGCCGCGACCCGCUCAGCUGGAAGGAAGAACCGAAGCAUCACCUUAUGACACUGAGUCCGACGAGAGAGCACCUUAUCCUCCCAGUCAUCGGACAUCCAUAACGCGUCGGACGUCGGGAACCCCACCAACUGCAUCACCCCUGCGUCGGACAGGCAGCACUGACCGACCUGCCUUAGGUGUUCCUAGGGAGCAGCAACGUGGGGGGACACCACCCACAAGGCCCGCUCCUGUUAGCCUCGUCACGGCACCAGGACGCCAGGAACUCAUUGACCGUAACGCAACGACGACAGCAAUGGAAAGACAGAGAAGUCGCGCCACGUUCACUGGCUCUCCCAAAACUGAUGACUCGGGUGUUCGCACCCGCGAGGAGCAGGAUCGCGCUGCUCAGGAAGUAGCAUUCGAAAGAGAUUAUGUUGUGGUGGAGAAGCGGGCUGUCGAAGUGAAUGCUUUCGCGGAUGAGCUCGCUCAUAGCCCACGGUUCCAGGGCGGCCUUACACGGCCAGGGCAAACUGCUGCUGGGUCUCGUCGUGCAACGACACAAGGUAUCCCCACGGUCUCCCCCUCCUCUCCCAACGCGAACACCAGCAAGGCCAUACAAGUCAUUCCAGGUCGUUCGCGGGCAGAUUCCACAACCCACCAGCGGCAACAUUCGUACGAGCGACGCUAUGGACAAAGUCCCACAUCAGCGACGUCGGCAAUCUCUAAAGCUCUCAACAAGGCUAGUGGUCGUCUAUUCAAAAUGGGCUUCUCUCCUCCGCUGGCCAUCACUAAAGGCGGACGCUCUCCACCCUUAGCUUACAAUCCCUUCCCCGCAUAUCCUCCCGCGCAAGCCAGUCUUCUAAUCACAGGAGAUGGCGCCAAGACAAACGUGGCCGUGGAUGAAGAUUGCAAAGCGGUCCAGGCCAUCGAAGAAUGUGCUACGCGCAGUGACGUUGUCUUUGGCUUUGCUGAGGUCAAAUACAAGCAGCUUGUUCCUCUCGCCCCCUCGGCGCCGACUGAUCCAUCUGCCAGACCCAUCGACACCGCUGGUAAUGCAGACUCUGACGAUGGAUUGACGGUAGAUGCCAUUGUCACGUUAUCCGAAGAGGCAUUGGUCCUGUACGUCAAGGCAUUGUCAUUGCUUGCAAAAUCAAUGGAUAUCGCUGGGGCAUGGUGGUCGCGCAAAAACAGAGAAGAAGUAUAUGGCGAGUCGCCAGGCAAAGACGGCAUGAGUGCUGCUGCCGGUACCCGGAUCAACUACGUUGUGCAAUGGGUGCGCAACCGGUUCAAUGAGGUCAUUGAGAAGGCGGAAUUCGUGCGCCUCAAGCUCGUUGAGAACCAAAAGCGACUGCCCCCUGACCACCCGAGCCACCCAGACAACCAUUCCAUCGGCCCCACCGCUGGCUCAACCUCGUCGGCCGACGUAGUCGUUAGUCCUGGCGUUACAGCUGAACGGCUGAUGUAUGACCGCGCACUUGAGAUGAGCCGAGCUGCUGCCAUCAACGAACUGACCGGUGAGGAUCUCGCCAACUGUGAGAUCACAUACGUCACUGCAAUCCUUAUGCUCGAAGCCGUGCUCGAGGACGAUGGAACUCGAUCAACGCCGAGUGGCAGUGAGCGCCAGAGCAGCUCGCAGCCAAGCGACAAGAUCGUCCUGGAUGAUCUUCAAGUUGAGGAUCGCCAGGUCGUCGUCAAACGUGAGUCUCAUCCCAACUUAACCGAAUCAGCCAAUCAAUACUUACUGGACGAUGUAGUCGUAUCAAGCAUGCGCGGUCGUCUGGCUUCUGUUCGCAAGAAGUUGUCUGUUCUCUCGAAGCGUUCGUCUGCGCCGACUCCUGUGGGCAGCGCGGGCAAGAUUCCCUCAUCCACCAUCUCUCCUAUCUCAAAUACUUCGGGUAUCACACCUCCACGAUGA